CUGUGCGGCUUUACCCAGGAUUCUUCUGACUCUUUUGAUUGGAGGAGAUAUCGCGGUAGAACUUCCUCUUAUAACACUGGGCCGUCGUAUGAUCACACCACUGGAAGCGGAGGAUAUUACAUGUACAUCGAAGCAUCCAAUACCUACAGCGGAGCACGUGCCAGGCUGAUCAGCCCUACCUACCAGCCCUCCUCGGGCGUGGUGUGCCUCAACUUCUGGUACCAUAUGUAUGGGCAAACUAUUGGAGCCCUCGUUGUGAAAGUCAAACGAUCGGGAAGUUCCAGUGAGGAGACAAUAUGGAUGUUACGGGGAAACCAAUAUAACGGAUGGAACGAGGCAAGCGUUCGGUUGAAAAGCCAGGGGCCAUUUAAUGUGAUCUUCGAAGCCACAAGGGGCUCGUCAUAUACGGGUGACAUAGCCAUAGAUGAUGUGACAAUUUCUCGUUGUGAGGAAACCAAGGAACCGUGGAUCCGUCUUGUAGAGGGGCGCCAUCCUGCGGAGGGUAGAGUUGAGGUGUAUUACCAGGGCCAGUGGGGGACAGUGUGUGACGACAACUUUGGCUACAGUGAUGCGCGCGCAAUUUGUGGCAUGAUGGGAUAUAGAGAGUGGGAGGUCCAGGCCUACCAAAACGCCAGGUUUGGUCCAGGAUCUGGCCCUAUCUGGCUGGACGACCUGAACUGCACCGGGCACGAGAACAGCUUGGUCCACUGUCCGGGGGCUGAAUGGGGUCGCCAUAAUUGCGCUCAUCACGAGGACGCCAGCGUUUCUUGUGACGUGAACGCAAGUGCCAAUGCGACAUCUUCCGGCAGAUGGAACACCACGGAUAGUCCUUACUGGCACCGGACUUCUCAGAGAUGGCCGUACUGGGGGAUGACCACCCAGAGACCCAGCCACUACUGCCCCAACGAUCCCUGCUCAAGUUCCCCGUGUUACAAUGGAGGCACGUGUUGGUCCACCAGGAACACUUACUAUAACAGGUACAGGUUCUACUGCCAGUGCCCCACUGGGACAUCAGGGAAAUACUGUGAGAGCUACAUAGGGUGGCCACAAUAUGCUACAACACAGAGCUGGUAUCAAGGCAUUCGCCUUGUCGGGGGUAAAACACCUUACGAGGGACGCGUAGAAGUUUACCAUAAUGGAGAAUGGGGUACAAUCUGUGACGACAACUUUGAUGUUAACGACGCUCGUGUUAUUUGCAGAAUGCUAGGUUACGGAACGUCUAGCGUAGCCGCCUACCAAGGUGGUCGUUUUGGACAGGGCUACGGUAGAAUAUGGCUGGAUGAUCUCCGCUGCAGAGGAUAUGAACAUGACGUCACUUCCUGUAGUCACGCGGGUUGGGGGCGUCAUAACUGCGGUCACCAGGAAGACGCCAGUGUCUCGUGCAGUGCAGGCGGCACUUUGACCACAAGGAAACCAUGGGGCUAUGAAAUGACAACCCAACAGGCGUCAUGCCGGUACGGUCCUUGUAGUAAUGGAGGUACUUGUGUGGAUUACGGCUAUGGAUUCUACCAUUGCUACUGCCCACCAAAAACGUCAGGAAGGAACUGUGAAUACAUAGGAGAGUGUACAGUGAACCCGUGUAUGAAUGGAGGGACGUGCAGGAACGUCAACUAUCCCCCGUACUACUACUGUAUGUGCCCGAGAUAUUACUCAGGACAGAAGUGCGAAUCAUAUUCAGACCCAUGUCGCUACUUGACCUGUUACAAUGGUGGCAGCUGCGUUCGUCGGUGGGAUAGUUUUGCCACGUGCCAGUGUUAUGGGCCAUACACCGGAAGACAGUGUGAAUACAGAAUGGAGGGGGGCUUCACCGCUGAAAGAGGCAAAGGCGUCACAUAUUCCUGGGAGUAAGGAGGGCACUGACCCCGGAACUGACCUCGCAACACCCACCAGGACACGAUGGCGAAGAACUGGACCGAUUAAUUGGACUUAGAGCAAACUAAUCUUGUAUGGAACUGCAGAGUGGAUAAUCCUUGUAGCUAGACUGGGGAGAUCCCUAACCUGCCUCUAUCUUUAUAGAUUCCUUUACAUGUAGCACUCGGCGACACUAUGGCGGAUUCAUUUUGCUUUUAAGUGAAAAAAAAAGCUGUUUUAUUAAAUCUAAUGAAACACAAUCAUAGAAAUGCCCGAUAAAAUUGCUUAAAUGGCUUAAAGUGGGAAUAUUGGAGAUAAUAAUGUAAUUUGCUGUGAAGGGACAGAUUUUAUUGGUCAGAUUUAGGGAUGAUAACAUGCUUUUCUCAAAAGACUUUUCAAACCGAAAUUUAACAGACUUCGUAUGAUUACUGUGUGAUGUGGCUUCAUUUUGUGGGCUUUUAUAAAUAAAUGCAUUUCAUUUUAAAAUAUUU